AUGAGCUCCGGUGGACGUGAAAGGGAGGUCACUUCGCCUCUUGAUCAACAUAAACAACAACUAAACCCCAAAGAAGAAUUAACAUAUGGAAGAUCGAAAGGAGCGCUUCUGCCCCUGCUCAAUGUGGAUAAGAUUGAUAAUGGGUUCUACUUACACAAAAUUAUUACAUCUUUAUUCUGUAUUUUUUUCGGAUCUUAUCCGAUGAAAGAAUUAAAUGAUUCAGCAUCCACAGUCGGACGGAUGUUUGCAAAACGGAAGACGGAAGUCAGAGUCCCACUGUCCAGGGACGUGAUAAAAAAAGUCAUGGGAACAAAAUAUGGAGAUCCAGGCUACAAUGUCGGUCAUUUGAUUGACUACAAGUGUGGCGGAACCAAUUGGCAUCUCGAUAACUUUAUAGUGCAAAACACAAUUAUGAACAGUGCGGAAGGAACCAAAAGCGCCAUAGAUAACAGACUCGAGAAACAGCUGAAGUCUGAGCACAGCGAUCCGGUCUGCGAAGUUAUUAAUAUUUGCCUUUCAAAAGUCAAAGACUCUGCCAAAGAAAAAAUCAAAAAAACGAUCCCACCGGCAUUUCUUCUGAGGUUAGAACACUUCGACCCUCCUCUGCUAUUGAAAGACGGGACAAAGGCAGAGUGGAUGGCCGCCAUAAUUCAUAAUCCGGAUCCAAAAGAAAUGAAAAGUUUGCCCUUCCAUCCAGGAAGAAAGCAAUCUGAACUUUAUGAAUACGAUUUUGGGGCAAAGAAUGGGGACGAAGCCCAGCUUCUCACGGAAUUAGCCAAACUUCUUGAUCACGAUAAAAAGCCUGAGGGAAACAACUCGAUCAAACAACUUGAAGGGAACGAAUAUCACAAGGAAUUAGAAAACCUCAUCAUGAUGAUCAUCAAGGAACUCCAUAAACCAGUCGCAGAUGAAAAGCUUGCAGUCGCUGGUGGAAAGCUCGUGUUUUUGAAGUUUCAGCAAAGCCAAAGCAAAAACCCUGAAUUGCCCGACGGUAUGAAGGAGCCGGAAGGAAAGGCCGUACUCAAAGCGCUCUUUCAAGCUGAAGAGCCACCAGCCGUUCUCCAUAUCUACACUUCAAACUCGAAAUGCUUCACGGCUGAUCCAGAGCGAGAGAUCAAGAUCAAGAAAAUUUUCGCAGGAAAGGCUCCCGAUUAUGCCAACAAAAAAUUUGAUGACUCGAUACUCAAAUACGAAAAAUGGGGAUCGAUUGCUUCAAUGGGUCAGAGGGCCCAGAGAGGAUAUGACAGCGGUAACGGUACAGUAGAAAGCACGAAAAAUGCCGACGAUGAAGCAUGGUCUCCAUCAGACGAUGAAGCAUUGCUCCCACCGGAUCUGAGCUUUUCGGAUGAUGACGUUGAUUUUGACGAAAUUGAAAAUCAAGCUGACGAUCAGCCCACGGAAGAAGAUAAAGUUGGCCUGUGGAGGAGGAUGAAACUCGUUUACCACGAAUUUUCGGAGGUUUAUAUGCCCGAAGCACCGGAUGUGGCAUCGUCGGAUGUGGCAUGGUCGGAUGUGGCAUGGUCGGAUGUGGCAUGGUCGGAUGUGGCAUGGUCGGAUGUGCCAUGGUGGGCUAUCCCC